AUGUCGGAGUCGAUUUCCUAUAACAAUUUAAUCCGGACGACGGUGAACGCGUGCGAAAAUGAUGCGCGCAAGCUGUUGACAGAUCUACGCGCCGUUCGCGCGACCCUUGACAAGGAUUUAUCGGAAUAUGAAGUCGAAGAGGUGCUUCUCUCUGAGGAGCUGAAAACUAGCCUGGAAGCACUGUCGAAAGCGAGGGAGGAAUUAACGGAAAUGAAGGCCAAUACGUCAAAGAUGACGGCCGAGUUUGCCGAGAACACGAAGAAGCUCGAUAAAGUGGCGAGACAGGGCGAUCCGGAGGAAGUUACGCUCGAGCUUUUGGACAGCAUAAAGGGCAUCUCCAAGUUGUUAGAGGGCGAGGAUUCCGGGUGCACGAUGGAUAAUUUAAAGCAAAGGGCAACGAUCAAGGGAAUCGAUAUGGCCCCGUUGGAGAAGGCGCUCAAGGAGUUUGAAAAGGAGCUGCUCACCGCCAAAUUUCCCUACAGCGCCCCUCAGAAAACGCCGAAUCCGCGGCUGAAACCGCUCGUCGACACGAUCAUCGAGCACGGCGAUGCGAUUCGGGCUGGAGCUGGUUUCCACCUCGCCUUCAACAGCAUGUUCGCGCCGUUCGAGAAAAAGUUCAAAUUUCACUUCUACGGGUCCCGGAAGACUUCUGAUAUUUCUCACCCCGAGUGGUACUUUUUGCAGAUAAUAAACUGGAUCCACUUCUCGCGCCCGUUCAUCACCGACAUGUUCUACGACGAGAAGGAGAAGACCCAUGUCCGCGCCUAUAACGAAUUCAUCAACAGACUCAGCCAGCUGACCAACGAGAAAACGGAUAGUAUAUUAGCCGAUGGAGCAUUUGACGACAUUGAGACAUUCACGCACCUCAUCGACGAGGCUCGACGUUUUGAAGAGAGUCGAAUUGAGCACGACGUCUACAAGGUGGGCACCUCGGCGCUGCAGCCAUUCUGCCCGGAUGACCGGAUCCUGCGAUGGUGCCAUUUGGAGCGUAUCGUAUGCGGUUCGCGGCUUGAUCAGCUGCUCAGCGGCUCGGAUGGGUUGGCAGAAGUGGCGCCGCUCGGGCUCGACGAUGCUGAUCCGUUCCGCACCGUGGAAUGCGCGCACGUCUUCUACGAGAUCAUCUCCCGCCUGGCCUAUCGUACCGCGGCAUUACCCGACCCGCAAGCCGUCACAAGCGUCGCUUCCGUGAUCAUCUUGCUGGUGAACGAGUUCCAAGAGCGGCUAGCGCAAAUUGGACGCUCCCUCGACAACCCACUCAGCUCUCUUUUCCAACGGGUCGUUAACUCUGUCUGGUACGUUCUGACGAUUAUGGAGGAAUGGCGAGAUUCCGAGAAAUACCCAUUCUUGAUGCCGGCCCUCAGAGAUACCGUCGAAUUGUACAGCCUACUUUGGAUGAGGAUGUCCGAACAGCUCGCCAACGCCUUGAUCAACGAGCUCGGCGACUCGCUGCUCGCGUACCAGGGGCGGAAUUGGCUCUACCCAAGUACGGAUGAUGAAAUCUCGGAACAAUCGGCUUUUCUCGCUCUACGCUUAACGCUUAUGCGAUGCCUGGCCGAUUGCAGUCGAGGAAUCUCGAAAGAAGCCGGCCAACCCUUCUACACCUCAUUUAUCAAAAAGUUUUCGACGGUCUUCUUCGAGGAUGUGCUGAUGAAUACGCUAUUUUCCCAAGCCGGUGGCGAGCUUUUGCUGAAGGAACUCGACACGUACCUGAAGCCCGAAUUGGUCAAAUACGCACACCGAUUCUCGAGGCCCAAAUCGACCGAAUGGCAAGAGCCGCUGAACAAGAUAUUGGACGCGGGCCGAUUCUUGGCGCUACCCAACGAUGCUCUUCAGCAGCUACUCAAGGAUGCCGACGUACAGCUGUCCGAUGAAUUCGACGAGACCCUGGCCACAUUCAAAAUUCGGCACCUGGGCGCCGUGGAUGUGACACGAUUGGCCGCAUGCCGCUCGAAGCAACGAAGC